AUGGGAAAAGGCAUAGCAAUGAAGGAAGCUUUGAAGAAAUGGUCUGAGAAAAUGGGAGAAUCUCCUGCGGAGGCGAAAGUGGUAAAAGUCAAUGGUUGGAUUCCUCCUAUUGAUAAACUAGAUGCUUCUUUAGGCACUUUAAGCAACUGUGAAAAACUAUCUCUUUCAACGAACAUGAUAGACAAAUUAACUAAUCUGAAUGCCUUGAGCAAAAUUAAAAUUUUAUCCGUUGGUAGAAAUAACUUGAAGUCGCUGAAUGGGGUUGAAGCUGUUGCCGAGACGUUAGAAGAACUUUGGGCUUCAUAUAACAGCGUUGACAAAUUGAAACCUGUUUCAAACUUAAAGAAUCUUCGUGUUUUCCAUUUGGCUAACAAUACACUAAAAGACAUCAAUGAACUUAAAAACUUAGCAGAUCUGAAGAAUUUGGGGGACUUAGUAUUGAAAGGUUGUGCUCUAGAGACCAUUCUUGGUGAAAACUACAGAACCAAAGUUUCAGAAGUUUUGCCACAGCUGAAAAAGUUAGAUGGAGUUGCUUUCGGAGGCCAAGCGGGACCAGAUGAAGAGGAGACCACUGAUGAAUAA